UUUCAGAAUUGGAAGCCAUCCGAUACCGCCCAAAAGUACACAGUGUGACUUCCCAAUGAUGUAAACAUCAAUCUGUUAUCAGUUCGUCAUAAAAGAUCGUAUAUUUCUAUUGAACUAAACAGUCUUGAAAUUAUUCUGUAUUUUCCUUAACUUCCAAAAUAUGAAAUUCCAAACCUACAGUUUAAUUCUUUAUUUUUCAGUUUUUGGUAACUGUUCUUCAAUCUCUACUCUAAAAUCAAAACAUUUCCAGGAAUCAUCACUAACAUCUACAUUAUUAUCAAACUAUCAGAUGGAGACUUUUCAAAAUACAAAAGUUCCACCGUCAAAGUGUGUUAUUGAUGUAGAUCAUUUUCUAGAGUUUUCCGAGAAUCGUCAUGUGAUGAAGCUGAAAGAAAAUGAGCUCGCUAUUAUAAACGGAAGGACUGUGCAAACAAUGUUAUACGCAUUUCCAAAUGCUGGAUUAGGAAAUAGACUGUUCGAGCUCAUUUCUCUACUUGGAAUUGCAAGUACACUUCAGAGAAGAGCAGUUAUAAAUGCUACAAAUCCGAAUUACAUGAGUCAUUUGCAUCAAACCAUGCAACCACUGUUCCCAAAAUUAGUUGAACAGUUUGAGCUGAGAGUGAUACCAGAAAGCUCGGUAGCUCGGCAGCAAAUCAAUUGGAGUAGAUGUUGCAUUUUUGAUGAUCCUGCGAAAGUUUUGGAUAUCUCAAAUCAACAUGUUAUACUGGAUGGACACUAUUUCCAGAGUUUUAAAUACUUUCACCAUAUCCGAACGAAGAUCCGAGAGUGGAUGGCGCCAAAGGAACUCGCAAAAUCGAAAGCUGAGAAAUUAAUUCCAUUUAGUGUUAAAGAUAAUUUUAUAAUAUGUCCUCACAUACGGAGAGGAGACUUCGAGACCGAUGGGCUUCAUCAACCAUCGGACCCAACAUUCACACGCGCUGCCACAGAUUUUCUGGUGGAAAAGUAUCAAAAAACACGGAGACAUGUGACUGUUGUAGUAUUUGGUAAUGAUAUGAGUUUUGCGCACACAGUCUUUGAAGAUCGAGUCGGUAAUAUUUCAUUUGCCUUAAACCCAAAUGCCACUGCACUAAACUACACUUUACCGGAGUAUUCACCCACAUAUGAUGUAAUUUUAACCCCACAAUCUACGCCAGAAAUUGAUCUAGCAUUUUCAAGAACUUUUUGCGAUGCCACAUUGUUUACGGGACCUUCUUCAACUUUUGGAUGGUGGCUAUCAUAUUUAGCAAAAAGUUCGGCGAAGGUUUAUUAUAGAGACAUUCUGGAAACAAAAGAUGGGGUAAUCAACGACAUGAAGGUUGAAGACUUUUACCCGCCAGAAUGGAUAAAAUUGAGGACAAAUGAGUACGGGUCGAUUGGUAGCUCUUGAAAUGAAGAGAAAAAGAAUGGGUUCUAAAUUUUACGGGAACUUUCAAAUGAAUAGUAUUUUUUUGUCAUGCAAUUUCUAAUAGUUUUCGAAUUUAAAAUUUAAUUUUUCAAACAUUAACUUCAAAUAAAAACAGAUUGUUAAAUACUCCUUAUCUCCUUAU